AUGUCGUCUGUGGCUACUGAUUUUGGGAGUGUGCUCGAGCCAGAAGAUGCCGAUGUCGACGGCCCGCUUGAGCCAGAAGAUAUUGACGUGUCGGCGGAAACCUUGAUUGUGCCUGGCAGUGAUGACCUUUGGGAGGGUCUUGACGAGCCCUCAACACUCCAAUUGGCCAACCUGACCUCGACUACUCCGACGCUCGAUUAUGUGGACGCACCACUAUGUACUCCCUCUGCGCCCACCGGACGUCUUGAUAAUACGUCAACUCCUUACUAUGUCGAGGCAGUUUCGGUCUUGAAGAACGUCUUCCGGUUGUCCUCCUUCAGGCAAAACCAACUCGAAGCGAUCAACGCUACGCUCGACGGCAAGGAUGUUUUCGUCCUAAUGCCCACCGGUGGUGGAAAAAGUCUUUGUUACCAACUUCCCGCAGUCUGUAAGACUGGUAGGACCCAGGGAGUCACAUUCGUCAUAUCUCCACUCGUUGCGCUCAUCGCGGAUCAAGUGGCUUCCUUGCGAGAGAAGCAUAUCAAUGUGGAUUGCAUGUCGUCCCUGAGGUCCGUAGACGACUCACGGGAUGUUAUGCGCCGCCUUCGCAGUCAGCAAAAACCCGAUAUUUGCUAUAUUACCCCGGAAAAGCUACGAGAGAGCAACGCUAUGCAAGACAUUCUAGCACAGCUCUAUGAAGACAAACAAAUCGCACGCUUUGUCAUUGAUGAAGCACAUGUCAUUCAGAGUUGGGGGCGGGAUUUCCGCGAUGCUUAUGCUGAGCUCCAUAUGCUGCGCGAACGGUACCAUGACGUGCCCAUCAUGGCACUCACCGCAACCGCGAACAAGUCCGCGAUCCAGGACAUUCGCACUCGGUUAGGUUUGCGCGAUCCCGUGUGCCUGGUACAAUCUUUCAACCGCCCCAACCUGUACUAUGCAGUGCAGCCUAAACCGACCACCAAAAAGAAGGCGGUUCAAGCCAUUGCCGGCUUCAUCAAGUCACAGCACGCCGCCGAUACUGGCAUUGUUUACGGCUUCAGUAAAAUUGAGUGCGAGGAGCUUGCUGAGCAAUUGCGUAACGAUUAUGGCCUGUCUGCGAAACAUUAUCAUGCCGGUAUGGACCCACAAGAGCGCAGUGCCACACAGGAAGAAUGGCAAAGCGGCAGCUGCAAGAUUAUUGUAGCAACGAUCGCGUUCGGGAUGGGAAUCGAUAAACCAGAUGUGCGCUUCGUGAUUCACUCAACACUACCGAAGUCGAUGGAUGGUUAUUAUCAGGAAACUGGACGCGCAGGACGCGACGGCGAUCCCGCAGACUGCAUCCUUUACUAUGCAUUCAAGGACGCUGUGUCGCGACAACACCUGAUUAACAACGACCGCAACGAGAAAGGGCCGGCUCGCACUCCAGAGGAGAAGAAACGGCAACUGGAAGACCUGUCGGCCGUGGUCCAGUACUGCCGUAACGAGGUCGACUGUCGACGAUCGCUCAUUCUUGCUCAUUUCAACGAGCGUUUCGACUCGCAUUUGUGUCCGAAAGGGUGUGAUAGCUGUUCGAGAGGUGGAACAGUUGUUCGCCAGCUGUAUACCUUGGAGGCCCAACAAGCUAUUAGAUUAUUUGAACAGAUGGCAGCUUCCAUGGAUAGGAUCGCCCCCGGACAUUUCAAAGAUGUAUACGCGGGCCGGAAUAGGGCGAAGGUUCGUGAGAGUGGGCAUGACCAAUUGUCAUUGUUUGGGGUGGGCAAGGCUGUCGAUGGAGACCGUAUCAUAAGCGCGAUGAUGGGUGCUGAUAUUUUUGCGAUUGCACGAGAGGCCUCUGCGUCUGGCUGGACCAAUGAUUACCUGAAGGUAUUUAAAGUUCAGUUUUCGUUGUUUCGGUGA